AUGUCACUAGAAUUCGUGUACAGUGAAAAAGGAAAAAGAAAAUUAAUUGACUCAGAAAUUUGGUUUCCUAAAUCAGAUUUCAAAUAUACGUGGAGUUUCGAAACAAACAGCAUUUGUGAUAGAGCAUCGAAUUUUGAGCAGUGUUUCAUGAACUGCGUCCUGCAGUGCCUGGCCAACACUUACCCCCUCCUCCAGCUUUGCCUCAACUAUGACCUCAACAACCAGAUCAACACCGAGACCAGUCGAAUGCGAGGAUCUCUCGUCAGAGCCUACGUAGAUCUGACACACUCGAUGUGGAAGGGGAUGGACACAUUUUCACCGACCACCUUCAAACAGGAGGUUUCCAGGUUUGCCAAACUCUUCGCCGGAUACAAUCAACAAGACGCCCAAGAGUUUCUAAUGUAUCUUUUGCAAGACAAAAGUAUGAAUAAUUCGGAGACCAAGAAAAGAAAAUGGAUUCUUGUGAGCUCGGCCACUUUGUAA